CAAGGCUGUAGGUAGUGACAGUGCACAUGGGUCUCUGAAGCGAGUGGCUGACCGCAGUAUUCUUCAGUUUUGUGUUCCUCCUGUGUUUUGUGAAGUGACAGCAUCGGAGGUUAUUAUGGGCAAGAAGAAGGCGGGCGGAGGAGCCGUGCUGGGCAGAGCUCUGAUCAAGGAGAGGCUCCAGGCAGGCCGGGGAAACAAAAGGGGCGACUCUUGGCUCCACACCAGUGAACUGAAUGAUGGCUACGAGUGGGGGCGGCUGAACCUGCAGUCAGUGACAGAACAAAGUUCCAUGGAUGACUUUCUGGCCACAGCUGAACUGGCAGGAACAGAGUUUGUUGCAGAGAAGCUCAAUAUCAAGUUUGUGCCGGCAGAAGCUCGAGCGGGCUUAUUAACAGCUGAGGAGAAAAGCGAACUGAUGAAGCUGCACGAAGACAACAAACAUUUCCUCAGAAUUCCGAGACGACCCCACUGGGAUGAAAGUACGAGUCCAGAUGAGCUUCAGCAGACAGAGAAAGACAGCUUCUUGGAGUGGAGACGAGCACUUGCACAGCUGGAAGAGGAGCAGAAGUUAAUUCUCACCCCGUUUGAGAGAAACCUUGAAUUUUGGAGACAGCUGUGGAGAGUGAUUGAGAGGAGUGACGUCAUUGUUCAAAUUGUUGAUGCCAGAAAUCCUAUGCUGUUCAGAUGUCUGGACCUUGAGUCCUAUGUUAAAGAAGUUUCAGAGCAUAAGGUGAACAUGCUUCUGGUGAACAAAGCUGACCUACUGACCAGGGAGCAGAGGCGAGUCUGGGCCAAAUACUUUGAGAAAGAGGGGCUGAGGGCAGUUUUCUGGUCUGCUCUGGCUGAAGGCAACAGGCUGGAUGCAGAGGAAAAGGGCAUGGAGAUGGCCGAUCCAGAGUGUGAAGAGAGUGAUCCAGAAGAAGGAGGACGGCAAAUUAAAGAAGACGCUAGUCAGAAAGGUGCAGAUGGAGAGGAAGAGGUAAAGAAUAAGGAGGAUGAGUACAAAGGGGGAGAACAGAGUGACAUAGAGGAAGAGCAGGAAGAGGUAAGCAUAGAUGAGGAGGACUGGAAGACCUGUUCAGAAGGCGAGGAAGAAGCAGAGGGAGAGACUGCUGGUUCAUCCAAUGCAUCUUUCCACAACUCCAGCCAUCUGCUGCGCAAGGAUGAGCUGCUGGAAAUGUUCAAGGCUGUUCACAACGGCUCCAGGGUUAAAGAAGGGCAGCUGACAGUGGGACUGGUCGGGUAUCCUAAUGUGGGAAAGAGUUCAACCAUCAACACUAUUCUGAGGAACAAGAAGGUUUCUGUCUCAGCCACUCCUGGACACACUAAACACUUUCAGACGUUGUAUGUGGAGCCAGGCCUGUGUCUCUGUGACUGCCCAGGUCUGGUCAUGCCCUCCUUCGUUUCUACCAAAGCUGAGAUGAUCUGCUCUGGGAUUCUGCCCAUAGACCAGAUGAGAGACCACGUACCUGCGAUCUCACUCAUAUGUCAGAUGAUCCCUCGGCAUGUGUUAGAAGGCACGUAUGGCAUCAAUAUUAUCAGACCGCGGGAAGAUGAAGACCCUGACAGACCGCCCACUGCGGAAGAGCUGCUGAUGGCGUAUGGAUAUAUGAGAGGUUUCAUGACGUCGCACGGCCAGCCCGAUCAGUCCAGAUCGGCCCGCUACGUCCUGAAGGAUUAUGUGAGCGGCAAGCUUCUGUACUGCCAUCCCCCUCCACAUAUAAAACCUGAAGACUUCCAGCCGCAGCACAAAAAGUUUGAGAAGAGAGACUCAGACAGCAGUGACCUCUCCACAGUAAUGAACAGACAACACAAAAUUAAGAGAAUCGAAAACGUGGUUGACAAGAACUUUUUCCAUCAGGAGAACGUGCGGGCACUCUCCAAAGGAAUUCAGUCUGUGAUGGGCUACAAACCAGGCAGUGGACCUGUGGGUCCAGGCAAAGCUGAAUCAGAGAUGGCAGUGGGCAAACCCUGGAAAAAACACGGCAACAGGAACAAGAAGGAGAAAGUGCGGCGGGUUACUAAGCAUCUGGAUGCCUGAUUAUGAUCAGAAAAUCUAAGUUUAUUUGAGCAACUUAGAUCUGUGAACUGUACUUUAGGAAAAACCCUGAAGCACAGUUCAUGUGUGAUUCCAAGGGAAUUAAUUCUGAGUGCUUUGUGUAGAUGAAGGCCCCCUUUAAUCCUGUGAGUGUGGAAAAGUCAGGCCGUCAUGACAUUAACUAAUGAGGUGCAUAAUCUGUCGGCUCUGGUUUUAACAAAAUGGUGCAGUGCACUCUGUCAGGCUGAUCACCAGUUAAAGAGCAACCAAUCGAUUCACCAUCCAAAAUUGUAUUCAAGGAUGACACAUAAAGUCUCUAUGAAUCAGUUAAAAUACUGUAUGUUGACUUUUAUACAUUUAAAGCAAUGCUCUUUGUAACUUAACCGGGUUACGUAGAAUAAACAUAUGCUUUCAUGUUGGUGUGCCACUUUUUUGUCAUAUUUCCAUAACAAUAUAUUAAUUAAUGCUUCAGUGUAAAUACAAUAUUUUGUAUUUGUAAUAGAAGACUAUGCAAUAGCAAGUUUUGUAAUCUGAAUAAGUUAAAUUUUGCCAACUCUAAGACCCGAACUCCUUCAUGGGAUGCAUUUUUAAUUUCUCCUUGCUCUGGGCUGAUUGGGACCUGAUGAAUGUAAAAACAAAGAAUGAUGUGAUUUUGAUUUUUAUUUUUUUUAUACCCGAUUUUUGUUUCUAAGAAAAAUGAGAUCCACUCAUGAGGACAUUGGCUUUAAAUUUCGAUCGAACAGAGGCAGUAUAACAUCCUCGUAAGUGGAUAUCAGGCCCUUGUACAGCAAAAUUUGGUAUUUUAGUCUAGACAACCCAAAAUGUAAAAUGGACUGGUUCUUAUAUAGCGCUUUUCUAGUCUCCUGGAGUACUCAAAGCACUCUAUACAACACGCCGCAUUAACCCCAUACACACCCAUUCACACGAGCACUAUUAUCUAUACAGGGACUGCUUUCUAACUAUCAUUCAUACACAUUCAUACUCCGAUGGAUGCAUCGGAGAGCAAGUAGGGGUUAGUACAGGGGUGGGCAAUCUCAGUCCACGAGGGCCGGUGUCCCUGCAGGUUUUAGAUCUCACCUUGGGUCAACACACCUGAAUCACAUGAUUAGUUCGUUACCAGGCCUCUGGAGAA